UUCUUCCCCAACACCAUCUCUCUCUCUCACUUCCUGGAGAAGAACAAACCCUAGUUCUUCUUCCUGCGAGCAUCACAAGACUCUUGCCGCUCCUUUUUCACAGGCGGUGAGGAUGUCGACCCCAGCAAGGAAGAGGCUGAUGAGGGAUUUCAAGAGGCUUCAGCAAGAUCCUCCUGCUGGUAUCAGUGGGGCACCCCAUGACAACAAUAUAAUGCUGUGGAAUGCAGUUAUAUUUGGUCCCGAUGACACCCCUUGGGAUGGAGGUACGUUUAAGCUGACACUUCAGUUCACAGAGGAGUAUCCAAAUAAGCCCCCAACUGUUCGAUUUGUUUCUCGAAUGUUCCAUCCAAAUAUAUAUGCCGAUGGAAGCAUCUGUUUGGAUAUUCUACAGAACCAGUGGAGUCCCAUAUAUGAUGUCGCUGCUAUUCUUACUUCUAUCCAGUCACUGCUUUGUGAUCCCAACCCAAACUCGCCCGCUAAUUCGGAAGCUGCACGGAUGUUUAGUGAGAACAAGCGCGAGUACAACAGAAGAGUCCGUGAAAUUGUUGAGCAGAGCUGGACAGCGGACUAAUUCUCUCUGUGGUUGCUUCAGGGCCUGCUGAGCUGAAUGGAUCAGUCUAAUUCUUCCUCCUGCUAGGGUGGUAUGAAUCUCACUGAAACUUUGAAGGCUAGUUUGAGGAUUGUGGCCACUUUAAUAACAAAUGUAUUGAGAAAAUUGUUACUCAGACAUCAUAUUGUAUGUUUGCUUGUAGGGACAUCAAGCUUCGCUAUCUUGAUUUUUCAGUACCAGCUAUUAUGUUCUGCACUUGUUUGAGUUCGUGUACAUAAUGAUUUCUUGUAUCAAAUUGCCCUGCAGUCUUAUAAAAUUCCCUGUUAUCUUAUAAAAGACUUUUCCUUAAA